CCGACCUCGUUGAAGACCGAAUGCGGCUCCCGGAGCAAAUAGAGUUUGACACCUCUGCUAUAACCCGUUAUACCAACUAACGUAUAAUAUUAGCUAGAAUUCUAUUUUUUGCUGCCAUGAGUUGUAGCCUAUGAUUGCUGAGCAGUAUAUCGAUGAAUGAAUAUCCACAGUCAAUCAGCGAGCGACCCAGCUAGAGAGCAUUGUGCUGUGUGCGGAGUGUUUAGAUCUCCAUGCGGAUGUGACAUUUCAGAGAAGAGCGCGACCGCCAUUUUGAGUUUUACCUCAAACUCAACAUCACAAACCAAGGGAGCGGGUGAGAAGCUCUGGCUGUGACCGGGCACAUUUCUUAAUUGAACACACGUUUGAAAUGCGACAAGGUGCAGAAUUUUGUUGCUAAUAGUAAUACGGUGGUUUAAUGUGUUGGAAAGUCGAUAUCGGGCUGUGGCAUCGCUAUCACCCUAAACUUCUAAAUUAGUGCGAUUCCAAAUUAGAAGCAGGUUUGAAUGGAUAGCUUUUUUCUCUACUCUCCCCCAGACGAGGGACAAUCGGAGGAACACACGGACUGGGAAUAUCUAAGAGAAAGUUGUAUUUCAGUGUGUAUCGAUAGUUUAUGAACCUUUGUUUUCCCUAAUUUCGUUAGUUGGCUGCAUUGUGCCAGUUGGCUUUAAAACAGGGCAACAGUAUUUGUUUCUCCGGCUCUAGGUCGUGAGUUGUCUUUCUCACUUCGCCAAUUGCUCCAUGUUAACAGUUACCUGGGGUAAAGUCGGAUUUAUUUAAUUCAACGGGUCUCCCUUUUUGGAGCCGUAGUCACCACCACAGUCAGCGACUUGCACCCAUCAAGGCGCCGAGAUUGGGCGAAUAGCAAGCAAAUACGUCCGCGUUUCUCUGCCUGCGCCCCCUCCGAACUCUCCCCCUCAAUCCCCGGCGCUGACGAGAGAAAAGGCCGAGGUUGUUUUAGAACAGGCCCAGCCGCCAAGGCUCGACCUGUCUAUCCCACCUCCUCACCUUCAAACACCUCACCAACAACCCAGAAACCGGCUCCCCACGGAACCAGCAACAGACACGUUCGAGGGGAACAAAGACAACAGGCAUCAUCCCAUCACAACAGUUGCCAACAUGAACCACCACCACACGCAGCAACAGCAGCAGAAAGCCGGCGAGCAACAACUUAGCGAGCCCGAGGAUAUGGAGAUGGAAGGUAAGAAAAAAGCCACGGGCAGAGACGAAAAAAACAAUUUAAUCUUUUUUUUUUUUUUAUAUAGUUGGCAAAGUGCAUGGCCGUGGUAAUCUAGCUAGCGUGAACUGAUCUAUCGUUACUGUAAACAUCAAGGCCUGCCAGUCUGUUCAUAACUGUAAUUUUGCUGAUGAUGCGUCCAUUGCAGCAUCAUCGGUACUGCUGACCUCGUUCGCUCGUUUAGCCAGUAGCCAACGUUAGCUAGCUAGUGUUGUUGACAACUACAAGCGUCAUUGAUGUAGCUAGUUAGGUAACGUUGUACAACCCGGUAACUAGCUGAGGCUUGCUAGCUACAUCCCACAUGCAACUGGCAGGUUAGCGCAUUAACAAUGUCUGAUUUAUUGCACUCUCACUGUCUGACGUUAGCUAGCUAGCCAAGUUAGCGUGAUAAACGUGGCGCAGUCAACUUGGUGGCUACCGAUGGUCAAAACAUCCGUUUUGGUUUAACGUAAUCCAACUUUUGAGUGAAAGAUUACAUUCACCACAUAUUGUACAGUAUAUUUACGACCGCCAUAUAUUGACUGUCACCUAACAAGCUAACAAGAUACAUUGAUUAUAUUUUGAUCAGUUGGCUAGUUUGCAGUAGCAUUUAUCAUUCAUUCAUCUCGGUUAGCUAGCCAACCUGCUAGUUGCCAAAUAAACCGACUCAAUAGCUCACUCCCGCUACAAAAUCGAUCGUUUGUGCACGGUCACAAGGGUUACGUUAUCACAAUUUUAGUCUGGAUGUUACAUCCCCCGUUCAUGUUUGUAAACACUAGCCCACCUAGCUAAAGUUAGCUUGUUUCACUUGACUCUUGAGCCUACGCAUGCAGUUUUAACAAUGACAAUUAAUGACCCAGCAGUAUUAGGCAAAUGUUGCUGCUAUUUACUUACACUUUCGACUGACCAAUUGAUAGUUAGGUAUUUGACAGUUCUCAUGGCUACUGUGCAUUUACUAUUUUGCUUGCUAGCUAGUCAACCCGAGUAGGUAAUGUAUUUGUAAUUAGCUAACUAACGUCAGCUCUACUUAGCCGCGAAUCAGCUAACGUUAGCCAUGCUACAGUAGCUAACUAGCAAGAUGAGAUCAGUCAGUGGUCCACAUUAAUCGCGUAACUCAGUUUUGUUGUAAACAAUAUAUGUAUAAUUUAAUAACUUUUAUUGGUAAUAUUGUUUUACUUUAUUAUCAUUGUUAACUGAAAAUUGUUCGCGUUAGCUAGAUCUUAGCUAACGUCAUAGGCCUCUCGGUGGACGGGGGUGUGUGGCGAUUAUAUUCCAAGAUGGUGGAUACUUAGCUAGCUAGUAUUUUGCAGCGAUCAAUUUGAAGCAAGGCCUUACAUGUUUGUUUACGUUUUAUAAAGGAAGGGUUUGCAUCAUCGUUAUUUAGACUCGCAUGUCAUUUCUGUGAUGAUCAAACGAGCUAGCGAUACAGGAAAUAAUAAUGUAGCUAACUAGAUGGAUAACUAAUUUAGCAGUGGUGAUAGCAAGCUCAAAUACCUAUUUCAUUAGCUAGCAAAGAGGUACUAGCUAGCUAACAAUUCAGUUAAUCAACACAGAUGCGUCAAUUUGUUUUGCCACACAUCAACUAUAGUCUAAGCUAGAUAGCGAACGAAAGUUAGUGAAAUAAGCACCAGUGCCCAAAAGAUGGCCGGAAAUAUUUAUUGGAGCACAGCUAGCUAUGUUGUGUUUAGCCACGUUUAGGAUUUAGCCAACAUGGGAACUCGAGGCUGGUGGCAGUGCAGGGUUUAUGUUGCAUCGACACAGCCAGCGCGCGUGGAUUUGCUGCUUCAUUGUUUGAAGACACAACGCGCGUGGCUCGCCAUUUUUAAUUAUCCCCAUUUGUUGGGACAGUCAACAACAUGUCUGACCGUUUAGCAAUAUUUUCGUCAAUAGCAUGCUCUUUAGCAUUAUGAUAAAUUGUAAUGCAUAUGAUAAAAUUGAGAUUACACAUAAUUCAUCAUUACCACAGGUGCAUCAGACCAAUUGAUAGAUUCUUUGUUUGAUUUAUUUACACAACUGAUGUUUGGAUCAGCAGAUUCAAGUCUAGCUGAGGUGCAUGGACAAGAGGCCUUUCACUGUAAUAGCCAUACAUUACAACCAGGUGGUUUACAUUGGCACCUUGUCAUUCGUAUAACAUUUUAAUUGCAUCCAUCUUACUAAAUGUACUUAACUUAACACCGGUGGUUAGCAUUCCUACUCUGAGAUGCAUGCCAACCUGAUCCUAGAUCAGCAUUCCUACUCUGAGAUGCGGGACAGGAAGUGGUCUACUAGCUCUAGCUACGGCUGAGUCCCAAAUGGCAAAAACAAAAUCUUUUCGGAGGACAAUAUAAACUUUAUUACAGUUUUUUUUAUUUUGUUGUCACGUACAUUCUACACACAUUUUACAUACAUGGCACUUUAUUUUUUCAGUAAUUACAUAGCAAGAAUAAAGUAUUUUGAUAUACAUUACAUCUAGAUAGAUAGUACUUAUACGUUAUACAUUGUGUUUUCAGUCAUAACUGUUAUAGAACGCCCCCCCAGCUACUCUGUCCAUCCCGUCCAGGGCCUAAAAUUAACACCUGCCAAAUGCGGGUAGAUUUUGGCAUUGGCAGGUAAGAUGUCUAUUUCACCAGCCACGUUGUCGGGAGGUCAAGGCUCCACAGUGUGAGCAUUUCACUUGCAUUUGUGAGUAAAAAUAGUCAAUUAUGAUCACAUUUAUACAGUGAGGGGAAAAAAGUAUUUGAUCCCCUGCUGAUUUUGUACGUUUGCCCACUGACAAAGACAUGAUCAGUCUAUAAUUUUAAUGGUAGGUUUAUUUGAACAGUGAGAGACAGAAUAACAACAACAAAAAUCCAGAAAAACGCAUGUCAAAAAUGUUAUAAAUUGAUUUGCAUUUUAAUGAGGGAAAGAAGUAUUUGACCCCCUCUCAAUCAGAAAGAUUUCUGGCUUCCAGGUGUCUUUUAUACAGGUAACGAGCUGAGAUUAGGAGCACACUCUUAAAGGGAGUGCUCCUAAUCUCAGCUUGUUACCUGUAUAAAAGACACCUGUCCACAGAAGCAAUCAAUCAAUCAGAUUCCAAACUCUCCACCAUGGCCAAGACCAAAGAGCUCUCCAAGGAUGUCAGGGACAAGAUUGUAGACCUACACAAGGCUGGAAUGGGCUACAAGACCAUCGCCAAGCACCUUGGUGAGAAGGUGACAACAGUUGGUGCGAUUAUUCGCAAAUGGAAGAAACACAAAACAACUGUCAAUCUCCCUCGGCCUGGGGCUCCAUGCAAGAUCUCACCUCGUGGAGUUGCAAUGAUCAUGAGAACGGUGAGGAAUCAGCCCAGAACUACACUGGAGGAUCUUGUCAAUGAUCUCAAGGCAGCUGGGACCAUAGUCACCAAGAAAACAAUUGGUAACACACUACGCCGUGAAGGACUGAAAUCCUGCAGCGCCCGCAAGGUCCCCCUGCUCAAGAAAGCACAUAUACAGGCCCGUCUGAAGUUUGCCAAUGAACAUCUGAAUGAUUCAGAGAAGAACUGGGUGAAAGUGUUGUGGUCAGAUGAGACCAAAAUCAAGCUCUUUGGCAUCAACUCACCUCGCCGUGUUUGGAGGAGGAGGAAUGCUGCCUAUGACCCCAAGAACACCAUCCCCACCCUCAAACAUGGAGGUGGAAACAUUAUGCUUUGGGGGUGUUUUUCUGCUAAGGGGACAGGACAACUUCACCGCAUCAAAGGGACGAUGGACGGGGCCAUGUACCGUCAUCUUGGGUGAGAACCUCCUUCCCUCAGCCAGGGCAUUGAAAAUGGGUUGUGGAUGGGUAUUCCAGCAUGACAAUGGCCCAAAACACACGGCCAAGGCAACAAAGGAGUGGCUCAAGAAGAAGCACAUUAAGGUCCUGGGGUGGCCUAGCCAGUCUUCAGAUCUUAAUCCCAUAGAAAAUCUGUGGAGGGAGCUGAAGGUUCGAGUUGCCAAACGUCAGCCUCGAAACCUUAAUGACUUGGAGAAGAUCUGCAAAGAGGAGUGGGACAAAAUCCCUCCUGAGAUGUGUGCAAACCUGGUGGCCAACUACAAGAAACGUCUGACCUCUGUGAUUGCCAACAAGGCUUUUGCCACCAAGUACUAAAUCAAGUUUUGCAGAUGGGUCAAAUACUUAUUUCCCUCAUUAAAAUGCAAAUCAAUUUAUAACAUUUUUGACAUGCAUUUUUCUGGAUUUUGUUGUUGUUAUUCUGUCUCUCACUGUACAAAUAAACCUACCAUUUAAAAUUAUAGACUGAUCAUGUCUUGGUCAGUGGGAAAACGUACAAAAUCAGCAGGGGAUCAAAUACUUUUCCCCCUCACUGUAGAAAAAUAAAUGCUGCAGUAGCUGUUUUCAAAGUAUUUCUGCUGUUUUGUUUCAUAGCUAUUAAAUUAAUCGUGUAAUUUUUUAUCUACCUGCCAAGGUGGCUGGUGGUCCAAAAAGUUGCAUUUAUUCCCCAGUCCCACCUAUCCGUAAACCGCCCUCUUGUGAUUUCCAUGUGCCAUAUAUUUUUCAAUUGUGCUGUGAUGUUUCAUAUAUAUAAAUUCUGAACCUGUCUAAUCAUUACAUUUUUUUUUAAAUCACAUAGUAUCUACAGAUUGUAAGUUAAAGAUAAAUAUUUUUACUAAAAUUAUUAUAUUGUUAGUUGAUUAUGGUUUUCCGAAUCUCCCAACAGUGCUAUUUGUAGGGUUAAUUUUAGAUAAAUGUUGUGAUUUUCAGCCAUUCCUGAAUCUGUGACCAGAAACAAGCUACAUGGGGGCAAUACCAAAAUAAAUGAUCGAAUGAUUAUCUUUUCGUAGCAAAAUCUAUUGGCCCAUUGGACCAUGUGACGUGGGCAUAAGUAUUGCCCUAGGUUCCCCAACUGCUGGUUUUAUUUGGCCUCCCAAGUUUCCAGAUAUUUUUAUUUUAUAUAUAUUUUUUAUUUUCAUUGUUGGACAUAAAAUACUGUAAAAACACCAGGAAGUCAGCUCCAAGUAAAUUUUACUUUAAGACAUCUGUUCCCAAGUAUUCCCACGCAUAACAGAGAGACACGUGAUGGUAUACAAAUGUAUAAGCAAGGUUUGAAAUGAUUGUUUUCAUCAAACAAUAUAUCUGUUUGUGCUUCUUGCGGUCAAUUUGCAAUCUACAAAUUAUUUGUAAGUAUGUUCCGGCCCCACUGACCAUCCGCUGAAGGAAAAAAUGGCCCCGCGGCUGAAUCUAGUUGAUGAUCCCUGGAAUUGGGUGUCAUUUGGGACGCAGGCUGAGUGAAGUGACACAUGCCGUUAGCUGCCUGUAAUCCACUUGGGAAAAUGAGGUCAGUCUCGUGAGCGUGGCUCACUGGGGCUCCGUACGUACACACACACACGUACAUGCAACCAGGCUCUCGCACACAGCCAUAGGAGGGCAUGAGCAGGGAAGAGAUGAUGCGCAUACUGCUAGGAUAGGCAAGGAUACACACACACACAUACUGAUGCUUUUCUGUCAUUCAAACUGACUGUAGAAUUGUUAACGGAGAGAAGGUAUAGUUCACUUGACUCUCACACUCUUAAUCUGACCCUCAAAUGGCACCCUAUUCUAUACACCUUCCCUAUGAGCCCUGUUUAAAAGUAGUGCACUACAUAGGGAAUAGGGUUCCAUUUGAGCCACAGACUUACUGUGUUCUUCAGUAGACUUCUUUGUUUUGGGUAUGUUGUGAUUCAUGAGACUAGUCCCAGGCUCUUUUGUCUGUGUAAUUACCUGCCUGAUUUUCUCCUGUCCCCUUCUUAAACCAGCUACACAAGCUUGUGUGUCAGAGGAGCUCACAGCUUAAUCCUGCAUUGUUACUAAUGACCAGACUGCUGUAGUCGACUGCUGCUGCUGCUGCAACACUGCCUCAGCACUAAAGUGUUCUUCCUGAUGGUUAAAGGUGACGACAGUACCGCAUCCUAAAUGGAACCCUAUUCCCAUAGUGUCCUGGUCAAAAGUAGUGCACUAUAUAGGAAAUAGGGUGCGAUUUGGGACGCAACCAGCAUCUUUAGAUGGAACAGAAGUUAAUUUCCCUGCUAAAGAGGAAACACAGACAUCACGAUGAAACCUCCAUACAGAUCAGUGUUUUAAAGUGACCCAGUCAGGAUGACUUUACACAGUCAUCAUAACUUCCAUGAUGAGAAGACGCUGAUGUUUCAGGAACCAAAAUGUUCCUCUGUGCACCUCUUUCUAGUUACGGACGUUUGCGCUGUAUCGUUGUUGGGCAUCAUGCAGAAAUAACAUACUGGUAGACGCUUAGCCUCUAUUUGAGGGAGAUAUUUCCUAGCUAGUGGACUGUGUGUCUUCCCAUUCAUUUGAUCAUCAUGAUACCAGUAAGAAACAACAUUUCUGUUCGGGCCGGGAAAAUGCCAGUAUCGCAAUAUUUUUGUCAUGGCAAAAAUGAAAACACGAAGCAGACCAAACUCGUUGGUCCUUUAAAAACCUGCUGUGUGUGUGUGAGAGAGAUUAAAAGACUCCUGGAUGACAACAUAAUGAUGUUUGUUUCCAACAUUAGGGCUGUUUUCCUAAAGAAGUGAAAUCCGCUUGGUGUUUUGUUUCCAUGCCACGAUACUAAGGAAUAUCUCCAUCCUGGUAUCUUCCAGACCUGAUUUCUUUGUUUAUCCUUGUGUGUGUGCAGCUGGGGACACAGACGACCCCCCGAGAAUCCCAGCCAACCCGGUGAUCAACGGGAACGUUGCCAUGGCAGACGGACACAACACAGAGGAGGAUAUGGAGGAUGGUGAGGAUCUCACACACACUCACUGAUGGACACACACACACACUCUGAUGGACACACUCACUCAUGGACGCACAUGUGACGGAGUGGAGAACACCGUCACACACACACUGAUGGACACACACACGUCACACACACACACACACACUGAUGGACACACACACACCGUCACACACACACACUGAUGGACGCACAUCUGACGGUGUGGAGAACACGUCACACACACACACACUGAUGGACACACACACACACACACACACACUGAUGGACACCUACAGUCACACACACACACUGAUGGACACACACACACUGAUGGACACACACACUGACCCACCUCUCGUGUGUGUGUGUAUGUGUGUAUCCAGACACCAGCUGGCGGUCGGAGGCGACGUGCCGUUUUGUGGUGGAGAGGUUCAGCCGGCUGAGUGAGUCUGUUCUCAGCCCGUCCUGCUUCGUCAGGAACCUGCCCUGGAAGAUCAUGGUGAUGCCUCGCUUCUACCCGGACCGGCCGCACCAGAAGAGUGUUGGCUUCUUCCUGCAGUGCAACGCAGACUCCGACUCCACGUAAGUCACAUGAUACAUGCACACAGAUACACACAAACAUCACAGGUGGGAUCUAAACCCUGGUAGCCCACUCGGGACCAAUGCCUUAAUCAUUAGGCCCCUAACGCAGAGACGCUGAUCCACACACACACACAUAGAGAGAGAGCGCAACACAGCAUUGCUUCAUUUCUCUUAGUCGGUAGAGACGGGGCCUAUCUCAUGGUAUUUGUAUCCUGGUGACUCCAUGUAAGUCAAAUGAUACAUACACACGUCGUUGGUGGGAUCUGAACCCCGGUCUCCCCCUGGGGAAACCAACUUUACCAUUCAUUAGGACAAGAAGACAUUUCAUCUUGGGCCGAGGGUGACACUGUUUUUGAAGUUGUAAGCAGGGUGCGAUGAACUCCCCUCCACUACAAACACACACACGAUUACUUUCCCCAUCAGACUUUUUAUUUGGACUUUUUAAGCGGAAACUGCCUCCGCUCAUGAUGUGUGUGUGUGCGUGGUGUAACGUUUAAAUGUGUCCCCCUGGUGUAAUGUGUAAAUGUGUCCCCCUGCUAGGUCCUGGUCGUGCCAUGCUGAAGUUGUUUCCUGGUGUAAAUGUGUCCCCCUGCUAGGUCCUGGUCGUGCCAUGCUGAAGUUGUUUCCUGGUGUAACGUGUAAAUGUGCCCCCCUGCUAGGUCCUGGUCGUGUCAUGCUGAAGUUGUUUCCUGGUGUAACGUGUAAAUGUGUCCCCCUGCUAGGUCGUGCCAUGCUGAAGUUGUUUCCUGGUGUAACGUGUAAAUGUGUCCCCCUGCUAGGUCGUGCCAUGCUGAAGUUGUUUCCUGGUGUAACGUGUAAAUGUGCCCCCCUGCUAGGUCGUGCCAUGCUGAAGUUGUUUCCUGGUGUAACGUGUAAAUGUGUCCCCCUGCUAGGUCGUGCCAUGCUGAAGUUGUUUCCUGGUGUAACGUGUAAAUGUGUCCCCCUGCUAGAUCGUGCCAUGCUGAAGUUGUUUCCUGGUGUAAUGUGUAAAUGUGCCCCCCUGCUAGGUCCUGGUCGUGCCAUGCUGAAGUUGUUUCCUGGUGUAACGUGUAAAUGUGUCCCCCUGCUAGGUCGUGGUCAUGCCAUGCUCAGGCCAUGCUAAAGAUCAUCAACUAUAAGGACGAUGAGAAGUCGUUCAGCCGCAGAAUCAGCCACCUCUUCUUCCACAAGGAGAACGACUGGGGCUUCUCUAACUUCAUGUCCUGGAGCGUGAGUAGCGUGCACACACACUGGUAUACACACACAUACACACACACACCGGUAUACACACACACACACACACCGGUAUACAUACACAUACACACACACACCGGUAUACAUACAUACACACACACACCGGUAUACAUACACACACCGGUAUACACACACACACACCGGUAUACACACACACCGAUAUAUAUACACACACACACCCCAUUAUAUACACACACACCGGUGUAUACACACACAUCGGUACAGACACACCCAACAUGAUUUUACCAUGUGUGUUUCCAGGAUGUGACUGAUCCAGAGAGAGGCUUUGUGGAGGAUGAUAAAGUCUCCUUUGAAGUCUACGUACAGGCGGAUGCUCCCCACGGAGUGGCGUAAGUCUUUAUACCCCCGGUCUCUCUCUCUUCUCUCUCCCUCCUUAUCCUCUCUCUCUUCUCUCUCCCUCCUUAUCCUCUGUCUCUGUCUCUGUCUCUGUCUUCUGUCCUCUCUCAGCUCUGUGUUUUGGCACCAUUGGCCAGUUCACCAGAUGUUUGGAAUAACAGCUGCAAUGAGUUAACACAAUACCUUGAACAAGUUCUGUUCGGCAGUGUCUUGAAUUUCAACUAUCAUUUUUUUAAAAGCUUCAUUUAAGAAUGUUUAACUUCUAGUGAACUGAGCAUAGAUCCUGUGAUCCUGACAUCAAUGUGUGGUUGUGAACUUGCCCCUGUCCCCCCAGUGUAGCUGGGUUAACCCCUUGCUGUCCUGUGUGUGCAGGUGGGACUCUAAGAAACACACAGGCUACGUGGGCCUGAAGAACCAGGGAGCUACAUGCUAUAUGAACAGCCUCCUACAGACCCUGUUCUUCACCAACCAGCUACGGAGGGUCAGUGAGACAACUAACUACCACUCUGUCAUACUACGCUCUCCUCUGUGCCUGCCAGGCGGUGUAUAUAACGCCUACAGAGGUAGACGACUCUUCUAAGAGAGGGAGUGAGUGUUUGCGUGUCUAACCCCCCCCCCCCCCCCCCCCCCCCCCCCCCCCUCUCCUCUACCAGGCGGUGUACAUGAUGCCUACAGAGGGAGACGACUCGUCUAAGAGUGUUCCGCUGGCUCUACAGAGGGUUUUCUAUGAGCUGCAACACAGCGACAAGCCCGUCGGCACCAAGAAACUCACCAAGUCCUUUGGGUAGGUGCCAGGACCGUUCAGCUAGCAGCACUACUGGAGAAAGGAACUGAUUGAUUGAUGAUACUGGAAGGGACUACCUGAUGUUGUCUUGACUCAUUUUCAUUUUCCGUUGCUAAAUGUUUUGCUACGGUGUGCACUAAUGAAUAAUGUGAUGGACACUGGUAAUAAGUCACAUUGUCCUGAACAUGUGAAGCUUUGCAUCAUGUUCCAUUAUGGGUCAAUGAUUUAAACAUGGUGGUUUUGUGACCGAAAUGAAGUGUUUUGUGAUUGUGGCCAUGUUGUUUAAAACAUGGUGGUUUUGUGACAGUAGUUGACAGUGAUUGUGUUUUAAACAUGGUGGUAUUGUGACAGUAGUUGACUGUGAUUGUGUUUAAAAUAUGGUGGUAUUGUGACAGUAGUUGACAGUGAUUGUGUUUUAAACAUGGUGGUAUUGUGACAGUAGUUGACUGUGAUUGUGUUUAAAAUAUGGUGGUAUUGUGACAGUAGUUGACAGUGAUUGUGUUUAAAACAUGGUUGUUUUGUGACUGUAGUUGACAGUGAUUGUGUUUAAAACAUGGUGGUUUUGUGACAGUAGUUGACAGUGAUUGUGCUUUAAACAUGGUGGUUUUGUGACAGUAGUUGACAGUGAUUGUGUUUAAAACAUGGUGGUUUUGUGACAGUAGUUGACAGUAAAAGUGUUUAAAACAUAGUGGGAAAUGUGACAGUAGUUGACAGUGAUUGUGAGCGUGUUGUUUUCUGUGUAGGUGGGAGACAUUAGACAGCUUCAUGCAACACGACGUUCAGGAGCUCUGCCGAGUGGUAAGUCGUUUUUCUGUGUGUGUGUGUUCGUUUUAUAAAUGUGUGUGUGUCCGUUCCAUAAUAUGUGUGUGCAGGGCUCUAAAUUAAAAAAAUUCCUAACUUUUUUAAAAGGUAGGUUGCACGACAUUACAUUUAGGAGCACCAGAAAAUACGAUUUUUUAAAAGCAGCAAUAUGUCACUUUUUGGGCAACCGGACCAGGUGUUAGGUUUACUUUUUGCGUCUUUUACUUUAGGUCUUGUACACCAGCUGAAAAUACAAUAUUUUUGGUUAUUGAAUAAAUAUUUCAAAGCGAUUUUUAGAUGGUAUUUAUUUAUUUAUUUCACCUUUAUUUAACCAGGUAAGCCAGUUGAGAACAAGUUCUCAUUUACAACUGCGACCUGGCCAAGAUAAAGCAAAGCAGUGCGAUAAAAACAACAACACAAAGUUACAUAUGGGGUAAACAAAACAUAAAGUCAAAAAAUACAACAGAAAAUAUAUAUACAGUGUGUGCAAAUGUAGCAAGUUAUGGAGGUAUGGCAAUAAAUAGGCUAUAGUGCAAAAUAAUUACAAUUAGUAUUAACACUAGAAUGCUAGAUGUGCAAGAGAUUAUGUGCAAAUAGAGAUACUGGGGUGCAAAAGAGCAAAAUAAAUAACAAUAUAGGGAUGAGGUAGUUGGGUGGGCUAAUUUCAGAUGGGCUGUGUACAGGUGCAGUGAUCGGUAAGGUGCUCUGACAACUGAUGUUUUAAAGUUAGUGAGGGAGAUAAGUCUCCAGCUUCAGAGAUUUUUGCAAUUCGUUCCAGUCAUUGGCAGCAGAGAACUGGAAGGAAUGGCGGCCAAAGGAGGUGUUGGCUUUGGGAAUGACCAGUGAGAUAUACCUGCUGGAGCGCAGACUACGGGUGGGUGCUGCUAUGGUGACCAAUGAGCUAAGAUAAGGCAGGGAUUUGCCUAGCAGUGAUUCAUAGAUGGCCUGGAGCCAGUGGGUUUGACGACGAACAUGUAGUGAGGACCAGCCAACAAGAGCGUACAGGUCACAGUGGUGGGUAGUGUAUGGGACUUUGGAGACAAAACGGAUGGCACUGUGAUAGACUACAUCCAAUUUGCUGAGUAGAGUGUUGGAGGCUAUUUUGUAAAUGACAUCGCCGAAGUCAAGGAUCGGUAGGAUAGUCAGUUUUACGAGGUACAAUGAUUCUCUACACUAUACAUUGCUUGUUUUGUCACAAACUGAAAUUAGGCAAACUUUGAAUUUUAGCAACCAAGAAAUGGCGGAGCGAUUUCUGCAUAUUGCACUUUUAAGUUGAUUUAGAUAUAGCCUAUGUUGGGCCUAUACAAAUUCUAGCUACUUUUGAAGCACAUGCUGUGCCCUAGAAACUACUGUAAAUACAUUAGUUUAUUAUAAAAGCUAAAAUGUUGAUACAAAUACCUGUCAUUGAAAUGACAGUCAUUUAUGGAAUAUUAGGUUUUUACAUAGUGUGAAAUAACAAUUUUCCCAUUGAGAUGCAUUACAUUCAAUUGUACACUGUCUCUUUAAAAGCGUCAGGUUUGUGAUGCGUCAGGUUUGUAAAGAGAUCAGUCAUUCAUUCAUUGCUGUGAUCAUUGAUCUCCUGAAGAAGACAUCCCUUUUCCUUUCUGUCUGUGCCCCCACAUGGGAAAGGGGGAUACCUAGUCAGUUGGUAGGGACGUAAAGGACUCAGCGUUUAAACAUUAACUUGUGUUAAAUCGGAUCCCCGACUGGCGCAGCGGUCUAAGGCACUGCAUCUCAGUGCUAGAGGCGUCACUACAGACCCUGGUUCGAUUCCAGGCUGUAUCACAACCGGCCGUGAUUGCGAGUCCCAUAGGGCGGCGCACAAUUGGCCCAGCGUCGUCCGGGUUUGGCCGGGGUAGGCCGUCAUUGUAAAUAAGAAUUUGUUCUUAACUGACUUGCCUAGUUAAAUAAAGGUUAAAUAAAAAAUAAACAAAUAAAUAGUAUAUAAAUUACGCAUAUAGGCUGUGACUUACUUAGAAUUAAAUACAAAUUAAAAGAACAAUUACAUAUUAGUGCCUUUUCGAAUUCAUUUUUAGAAACACAAGGUUGACCAGUCUGUGGCUUCAGGCUCAUGAGAUGAUGCCUGGAGAGCAGGCCAGGAGCGGAGAAUAUCUUCUCCUCACUCUUGCCAGGCUGGGCAGAGAUGCAGAGUUUAUUUUGUUAUUUUUCUAUAGGUAGGCCCAAAAGGUUUUUAGGCAAAAUAACCCAAUCAAAACGGAAAGCUCCUUGAACGUAGGAAUCUGACAGGCCUAUUGUGCCAAAAUCAAUUAUGGCCUUUUGUAUAGAUAAUAGAAUGAAAAUGAACCAAUCAUUUAAUAGAUCUGAUGUUUAGUUUAUAAAUGCUUUGCUACAAUGACACACUUAGUUAUCUAUCCACCUUGUUCCUUUCUGUUAGCAUGUGCACGUAGUAAGUACACCAUCAUGCUUUCGGGGAUACGUGUCUUUUUAGAUUCCACAAUGAUUAUUUAGUUGUGGACACUACAGCAUCACUCUCCCUCUCUUGCUCUUGGUCCUCAUCUUUGUAAGUCACCUUGAUUUAGCACUUGUUUGUUUUAUCAGUUUCUUUAUGAAAAUAUGUAGUGAACUCCGUGACAGUAGCUAAAGCAAGGGGCUAUAGCAGCACACAAGUAGACUACAAAUGCAUGCUGGGCCGGGCAUGCCCUGAGCUUGUGAAGUGAGCGCCACUGGAGCACUACUGGAGCCAAAUUGGAGCGGGCGAGAAGGCCAACACUCCAGCCUUUGGGAAUCUGCGCUCCAGUGAAAUUGGGCACGCUCCUCGCUCCGCUCACACACUCUGUUCCUUCCAUAAUGUGCGUGUGUUUAUUAAUAUGAGUGUGUGUUUGUUUGUUUCUUAAUGUGUGUGUGUGUUUGUUUCUUAAUGUGUGUGUUUCAGCUCCUGGACAACGUUGAGAACAAAAUGAAAGGCACCUGCGUGGAGGGAACCAUCCCCAAACUGUUCAGAGGAAAGAUGGUGGUACGUUCACGUUCUCUAUUCUUUGUCUCUCUCCCCCUCUUUCUGUCUCUCUCCCGUCACAGUCUGUCUCUCUCUCUCCAGUCCUAUAUCCAGUGUAACUAUGUGUUGUAUCUCUCGCUCUCCAGUCCUAUAUCCAGUGUAAGCACGUUGACUACCGGUCAGAGCGGAUAGAGGAUUACUACGAUAUCCAGCUCAGUAUCAAAGGAAAGAAAAACAGUGAGUAUCAAUCCCUUUACUUCUCUGGGUUAUUUGAUUUCUGUGUGUCUAAUCGCUCCAGUCUGUCCUUAAUGCAGAGGUUUUCUGCUUUGAAAAGGUCUUAUGUGGUGUGUGUAGUCGUCCUGUCGGCGCGGCUGGAUUUUAGAGAAAUUUAGAGGCACCUACAUUGGGGGGAAAAAAGUAUUUAGUCAACCACCAAUUGUGCAAGUUCUCCCACUUAAAAAAAUGAGAGAGGCCUGUAAUUUUCAUCAUAGGUACACGUCAACUAUGACAGACAAAUUGAGAGAAAAAAAUCCAGAAAAUCACAUUGUAGGAUUUUUUAUGAAUUUAUUUGCAAAUUAUGGUGGAAAAUAAGUAUUUGGUCACCUACAAACAAGCAAGAUUUCUGGCUCUCACAGACCUGUAACUUCUUCUUUAAUAGGCUCCUCUGUCCUCCACUCGUUACCUGUAUUAAUGGCACCUGUUUGAACUUGUUAUCAGUAUAAAAGACACCUGUCCACAACCUCAAACAGUCACACUCCAAACUCCACUAUGGCCAAGACCAAAGAGCUGUCAAAGGACACCAGAAACAAAAUUGUAGACCUGCACUAGGCUGGGAAGACUGAAUCUGCAAUAGGUAAGCAGCUUGGUUUGAAGAAAUCAACUGUGGGAGCAAUUAUUAGGAAAUGGAAGACAUACAAGACCACUGAUAAUCUCCCUCGAUCUGGAGCUCCACGCAAGAUCUCACCCCGUGGGGUCAAAAUGAUCACAAGAACGGUGAGCAAAAAUCCCAGAACCACACGGGGGGACGUAGUGAAUGACCUGCAGAGAGCUGGGACCAAAGUAACAAAGCCUACCAUCAGUAACACACUACGCCGCCAGGGACUCAAAUCCUGCAGUGCCAGACGUGUCCCCCUGCUUAAGCCAGUACAUGUCCAGGCCUGUCUGAAGUUUGCUAGAGUGCAUUUGGAUGAUCCAGAAGAGGAUUGGGAGAAUGUCAUAUGGUCAGAUGAAACCAAAAUAGAACUUUUUGGUAAAAACUCAACUCGUCGUGUUUGGAGGACAAAGAAUGCUGAGUUGCAUCCAAAGAACACCAUACCUACUGUGAAGCAUGGGGGUGGAAACAUCAUGCUUUGGGGCUGUUUUUCUGCAAAGGGACCAGGACGACUGAUCCGUGUAAAGGAAAGAAUGAAUGGGGCCAUGUAUCGUGAGAUUUUGAGUGAAAACCUCCUUCCAUCAGCAAGGGCAUUGAAGAUGAAACGUGGCUGGGUCUUUCAGCAUGACAAUGAUCCCAAACACACCGCCCGGGCAACGAAGGAGUGGCUUCGUAAGAAGCAUUUCAAGGUCCUGGAGUGGCCUAGCCAGUCUCCAGAUCUCAAUCCCAUAGAAAAUCUUUGGAGGGAGUUGAAAGUCUGUGUUGCCCAGCGACAGCCCCAAAACAUCACUGCUCUAGAGGAGAUCUGCAUGGAGGAAUGGGCCAAAAUACCAGCAACAGUGUGUGAAAACCUUGUGAAGACUUACAGAAAACGUUUGACCUGUGUCAUUGCCAACAAUGGGUAUAUAACAAAGUAUUGAGAAACUUUUGUUAUUGACCAAAUACUUAUUUUCCACCAUAAUUUGAAAAUUCAUUAAAAAUCCUACAAUGUGAUUUUCUGGAUUUUGUCCCCUAAUUUUGUCUGUCAUAGUUGAUGUGUACCUAUGAUGAAAAUUACAGGCCUCUCUCAUCUUUUUAAGUGGGAGAACUUGCACAAUUGGUGGCUGACUAAAUACUUUUUUUCCCCACUGUAUCUUGGCGGUGUAGACAAAUGUUCAAAUUUAAGCCAAUUUCCUGCAAUUCUACAAAUUUGCUCCAUGUAGCUGAGAGACAUUUUUGUAGUUUUGCAGCUAAUUUCCUGCGAUUCUGCAAUGGAGCUGAGAGAGAAAGUUGCAAUUUUAAAGCAAAUUCUCUCAAUCUGUUAUUUUUGCCAUGGCUAAUACUGUUAUUUUGCUCAAACAUAAUAACUAAAUCAUUACUGCUAAAUUCAUUGUUUUUGGAACUUUCAAUUAUCCCUGACUGUCUAGCUUUUAUUUUGGUGAUUGUUAGUUCUCAAAGAUUAUUAUAAAUAAAUAUGGUUUUAGUCUUAAGUUUACACUGAAAGUGUUUCUCCAUCCCGAAAUGUUUGGACUUACUGUAGGUGGGGCGAAAAAAAAUGCAUUAAUGGCAGCUAAGACUAUAAUGGCAGCUAAGACUAUAGCUAUAAAGGAUUAUAUUAAAAGGUCACACUUUUUUCUUUUUUUUCCGUCAAUUGCGCACAAGGUUCAACCACAUUGGGCGCCCAGGGAGCUGUUGUUGCCGGGGGGUGAACUGCUUCGACAGAAUGUUCACCUAGGAAUUCAAACUAGCAACCUUUCGGUUACUGGCCCAACACUCUAACCACUAGGCCACCUAAGCAGUGUUAGACAGCUUGAUGUACAAGUACACCCCCCCCCCGGACAGGAUGCUAGUCUAUGCUUCCCGUCCAAAACAGUUUGGAACAGUUUGUGCAUAUAGUAUGAUGAUAUUUUCUGAUGUUACAAAAAACACCUCUUAGUUGGAUGUCAAAUUGCUAAGAUCUCUUAGUUUAAAAAAAGUGAACGUUUGACAGAUUUCUUGAGUUAUCUUUGAUUUAAUUCGGACUAUUUUGAGGAAGUGUAUACUGGCUAUGGCAGGAACCGUGAACAAACAAAGAAGACUAGCCUGCUAGGAACAGUGAACAAACAAAGGUGGGCAUAAAGAGAAGACUGGGGCGGCAGGUAGCUUGGUGGUUAAGAGCGUUGUGCCAGUAACCGAAAGGUCACUGGUUCUAAUCCCCGAGCCAACUAGAAUCGGCUUCCUAUUUCGCAACAAAGCCUCCUUCACUCAUGCUGCCAAACAUGCCCUCGUAAAACUGACUAUCCUACCGAUCCUUGACUUCGGCGAUGUCAUUUACAAAAUAGCCUCCAACACUCUACUCAGCAAAUUGGAUGUAGUCUAUCACAGUGCCAUCCGUUUUGUCUCCAAAGCCCCAUACACUACCCACCACUGUGACCUGUACGCUCUUGUUGGCUGGUCCUCACUACAUGUUCGUCGUCAAACCCACUGGCUCCAGGCCAUCUAUAAAUCACUGCUAGGCAAAUCCCCGCCUUAUCUAAGCUCAUUGGUCACCAUAGCAGCACCCACCCGUAGUCUGCGCUCCAGCAGGUAUAUCUCACUGGUCAUUCCCAAAGCCAACACCUCCUUUGGCCGCCAUUCCUUCCAGUUCUCUGCUGCCAAUGACUGGAACGAAUUGCAAAAAUCUCUGAAGCUGGAGACUCUUAUCUCCCUCAAUAACUUUAAGCAUCAGUUGUCAGAGCACCUUACCGAUCACUGCACCUGUACACAGCCCAUCUGAAAUUAGCCCACCCAACUACCUCAUCCCUAUAUUGUUAUUUAUUUUGCUCUUUUGCACCCCAGUAUCUCUAUUUGCACAUCAUCUCUUGCACAUCUAGCAUUCCAGUGUUAAUACUAUUGUAAUUAUUCUACACUAUAGCCUAUUUAUUGCCUUACCUCCAUAACUUGCUACAUUUGCACACACUGUAUAUAUAUUUUCUGUUGUAUUUCUGACUUUAUGUUUUUUUACCCCAUAUGUAACUCUGUGUUGUUUUUAUUGCACUACUUUGCUUUAUCUUGGCCAGGUCGCAGUUGUAAAUGAGAACCUGUUCUCAACUGGCUUACCUGGUUAAAUAAAGGUGAAAUAAAAAAAAAAAAAAUAAAAAAAGGUGAAAAAUCUGUUGAUGUGCCCUUGAGCAAGGCACUUAACCCUAAUUGCUCCUGUAAGUCGCUCUGGAUAAGAGCGUCUGCUAAAUGACUAAAAUGUAAAGCUCCCCCCUCUGUGCAAAACAACAUACCAGCAGAGCUGUGCUCCACAUCUGUAAAGCGACACUCACGAUGUGAUGGAGAGUGGUAAAGCGACACUCACGGUGUGAUGGAGAGUGGUAAAGCGACACUCACGGUGUGAUGGAGAGUGGUAAAGCGACACUCACGGUGUGAUGGAGAGUGGUAAAGCGACACUCACGGUGUGAUGGAGAGUGGUAAAGCGACACUCACGGUGUGAUGGAGAGUGGUAAAGCGACACUCACGGUGUGAUGGAGAGUGGUAAAGCGACACUCACGGUGUGAUGGAGAGUGGUAAAGCGACACUCACGGUGUGAUGGAGAGUGGUAAAGCGACACUCACGGUGUGAUGGAGAGUGGUAAAGCGACACUCACGGUGUGAUGGAGAGUGGUAAAGCGACACUCACGGUGUACAGAUGUAAAAUAAAUAAGUGUUCCAUCCUCAGCACCAUGCGUCCCGCUGGGUCUGGUAUGUGAGCUUCAUGAGAACCACAUGAACACCAAGAAAGAAGCUACAGCCACCAUGCAGGUCCUGCUCUCCCUCUUCCCCAAGCACCACAGCUCCCACUCAGGAAAAAUAAGACACAAUGUCAAGUGGGGGCAGGUGCACAUGAAACAAGGCCCAUGAAAACUGUGUGCAGUGCAACCGGUUUGUUUGUGGGGCUUGCUCACACAAAGCCCCAACGUUAUGGGGGCUCCCGAGUGGCGCAGCGGUCUAAGGCACUGCAUCUCAGAGCUUGAGGCGUCACUACAGACCCCCUGGUUCGAUUCCAGGCUGUAUCACAACCGGCCCUGAUUGGGAGUCCCAUAGGGCGGCGCACAAUUGGCCCAGCAUCGUCCGGGUUUGGCUGGUGUAGGCCGUCAUUGUAAAUAAGUCAUUGUUCUUAACUGCCUUGCCUAGUUAAAUAAAGGUAAAAUAAAAAAAAAUACAAUAAAAUAUGCUGACUGGACCCAAAGCAUAAAGAGAAGACUGAAGCUGUGUGCUGACCCCAAUCAUAAAGAGAAGACUGAAGCUGUGUGCUGACCCCAAUCAUAAAGAGAAGACUGAAGCUGUGUGCUGACUGUGGACCCCAAGCAUGAUUCAUGUGUAAAGGCAAUACAGUGUCUGAUACGAUCAACAAAUGACUGUUUUUAUAUCUUGUCAUGAAUAUAUUUCCACUAUUAAUCCUUUACAGUUGUUCAUGCACUGGGGUUUUCGUUUAGGAAUACAUCAAAUCAUUUCACCUGCGCACCUGGCUGGUUAUAUUAUUAUUGGUAUUAUUAUUGUUGUUGUUGUUGUUUAUUAUUAUUGUCUUUUUAGUUUCUACUUUGUCAUUAGAAGCUGUAACUGGACUUUUCAUUACUAUAACUGUAUUACUAAUCAAAUCUACGAAUAAAGUUGAUAAAAUGGAUUACACUGUAAUAUUUUUAUUGUAAGGGAAAAACGAAAAUAGGCUACAGGCCUACAAUUAUUCUAGGACUUUGUAGAAUUAUAGAAAAACAUAUCCUUGACUAGCUAAACAAAUAACUAUUAUUGAUAUUUUUUUUAUUGAUAUAUUUCUUAAUGUAAUUAAUAAUUUACAAUAGUUUAUGCACUAUUUAUGAUGCCCGGCAACGUUCUCUAGCAGGUACUAGUAUGCUGAAAGGCCAGGCGGUUCUAGUGUUAAGGGAUUAUCUGAGUUGGGCAUGCGGAAGACCUUUACUCCCAAUUUCCAGAAUGCUGAGUGCCAAGCAGAGACUCUUCAAGUCGCAUUUUUGCAGUCUUUGGUAUGACUCGGCCGGGGAUCGAACUCCCAACCUUUUGAUCUCAGGGCAGACACUCUAACCAGAAGGCUACUGAGUUGGUGACUGUGUGUUUAGCUGAACUCUUUCUGUUCUCUCUCUAGUCUUUGAGUCGUUUAAGGAUUAUGUAGCUGUGGAGCAGCUUGACGGAGACAACAAAUACGACGCAGGAGAACACGGCCUGCAGGUGAGGCCUUAUUCAGCCUUUAUAAAGGGCUUAUAUAGGGUUUAUAGAUGCUUUAUUAGACUACAGAUGAGGCCUUAUUCAGGCUUUAUAAAGGGCAUGUGGAGUUAUAGCUGCUUUAUAAACACUCAGGCUGGAUAGCAGCUUCAUGAUGGGUAUAGAUGUGCUUUAUGAACAUGGCCUACAGGUGAGGCUUUAGAACAGGGGUGGGUAAUCAUUUUGGCUUGAGGGCCACAUCGGGAUUUCAAAAUUCUUCGGACGGAUUUGUUCAUCAAAAUAAAUUUGUGGAUCAGAAAAGGGCCAGUUAUUUGAACAUCUCUGGGUCCAUUUAUAAUCUACACAUACGUUCUAUCUAGAUUUAGACCUGGAGUGUUUUCUAUCACAAAACCCAGUGGUCUGUUUGGAGGUAGUGUAGUUUCUAUCUCUGUGCUCAGGGAGGCGCUGUGGGACCAUUUACCAGCCCUGUGUUAGCGGUACUGCACAUAGAUGAUGAGUCAGUACUCUUACCGUGUGUGUUUUCAGGAAGCGGAGAAGGGGGUGAAGUUCCUGACUUUCCCUCCCAUCCUGCACCUGCAGCUGAUGAGGUUCAUGUACGACCCUCAGACCGACCAAAACAUCAAGAUCAACGACAGGUAACACACACAUGCUAACACACACACCUGGCAUACAAACACACAGAUAGCUACCUAGGUAACACACACACACCCCUAACAUACCCCUAGCCCUCAGACCGAACUAAACAUAAAUAUCAACCAUUGGAAACACACCAACACACUGAGCUCACACACACACGCCCCUAACAUACCCCUAACCCUCAGACCGACCAAAACAUUAAGAUCCACAACCGGUAACACACACCUGUCUUAACAUGUUGAUUCCAAAAGUACACUGAGUAUACCAAACAUCAGGAACACCUUCCUAAUAUUGAGUUCCACCCCCAUUUGCCCUCAGAACAGCCUCAAUUCAUUGGGGCAUGAACUCUACAAGGUGUCGAAAGCAUUUCACAGGUAUGCUGGCCCAUGUUGACUCCAAUGCUUCCCACAAUUGUGUCAAGUUGGCUGGAUGUCCUUUGGGUGGUGGACCAUUCUUGAUACACACAGGAAACUGUUGAGCAUGAAAAACCCAGCAGCAUUACAGUUCUUGACACAAACCGGUGCACCUGGCACCUACUACCAUACCCUGUUCAAAGGCACUUAAAUAUUUUGUCUUGCCCAUUCACCCUCUGAAUGGCACACAUACACAAUACAUGUUUCAAUUGUCUCAAGGCUUAAAAACCCUUCUUUAACCUGUCUCCUCCCCUUCAUCUACACUGGUUGAAGUGGAUUUAACAAGUGACAUCAAUAAGGGAUCAUAGCUUUCACCUAGAUUCACCUGGUCAGUCUAUGUUGUGGAAAGAGCACUUGUUCUUCAUGUUUUGUACACUCAGUGUAGGUCAUAGUAACUUUCCUGAAAGCCCCACUGGGGUAACACAGCACACACCUGUCUGCUUCACCAGGGAGUCUGAUGUCCUGAAUGGAGCUCACAUUGAAGCUACAACACCGGAAGAACAUGGGCACAAUAAUACUGAUCACAAAAACGCCUUUCUUCCUCUCCCCCCUUCUCUCUCUCUCCCUCUCCUCUUUCCUCCCUCCCCUCUCCUCCCCCUUCCAGGUUUGAGUUUCCGGAGCAGCUUCCCCUGGAUGAGUUCCUCCAGAAGACUGACUCUAAGGACCCGGCCAACUACAUCCUGCAUGCCGUGCUGGUACACAGCGGCGACAACCAUGGAGGACACUAUGUCGUCUACCUCAACCCCAAAGGAGACGGCAAAGUCAGCGUCAAGGAACCCAUCGUGAGUCCCCCAACCAACCAACCAGUCAGUCAGUUAAAUGUACUGGUGGUGGUAGUAUAUUUGAUAAUUAAUGUGGCGUAAGAACUACUGUUAUAUUGUAAACUUGAAAGGUGUUUUGUAGUUUUAUUAGCGUAGUGAGUGGAAGUGAUGUCAUAAUAUGCUGCCAACACUGCCCAGCCACUCUGUGUGUCCUGAGAAAUUAUAAAAUGACUGUACACAAACUGUUGUCUUAAUAAGGUACAUCUGUGCCUCUUUCUCUCUCCUCCUCCUCCCACCUCCCUCUCUCCUCCUCCCACCUCCCUCUCUCCUCCUCCCUCUCUCUUCUCUCUGUCUCUGUGUCUGUCUCUCUCUCCUCCCUCUCUCUCUCCUCUUCCUUCCCCCUCUCUCUCUCCCCCUCCCCCCUCUCUCCUCUCUCCUCUCUCUCCCUCUCUCUCUCUGUCUCCUCCCCCCUCCAGUGGUGUAAGUUUGAUGAUGACGUGGUAUCACGGUGCACCAAGGAGGAGGCCAUCGAACACAACUAUGGUGGCCAUGACGAUGACCUAUCAGUACGUCACUGUACCAACGCUUACAUGCUGGUGUACAUCCGCGAGUCUAAACUCAGUAAGUCAGGAUAUGAUGACUUAGAACUCUAUGAAGCCUUAUAACUCAGUAGGUCAAUGCUAUGAAGCCUUAUACUACCUUAACACAUGGUAGUUAACACUGUCUACUGUUAGAUAAGCCUGUAUUUACCCGUCUCCCCCCAGGUGAGGUGCUGCUGGCGGUGAACGACGUGGACAUCCCCCAGCAGCUGGUGGAGAGGCUUCAGGAGGAGAAGAGGGUGGAGGCGCAGAAGAGGAAGGAGCGUCAGGAGGCCCAUCUCUACAUGCAGGUCCAGGUAAGGCUUGGAGCCCCCCCCCCAUUCAGAGGUCCAGCUAAUAGAACAUAUUUUGGAGAAUGUUGGUGUUAUGAAUCACUUAUCUCUCUCUCUGUGUCUUUGUUUCUUUCUCUGUUUCUUUCUUUCACUCUUCCUCUCUCUGUGUCUUCCCCUCCCAGAUUGUGACAGAGGACCAGUUCUGUGGUCACCAGGGUAAUGACAUGUAUGAUGAGGAGAAGGUGAAGUAUACGGUCUUCAAGGUCCUGAAGAGCUCCACGCUGCAGGAGUUUGUCCAGAAUCUCUCCCAGACUAUGGUGAGUCUCUCUCUCUUUGUGUGUUGCUGUCCUCUCCUCAUUUCUGUUCUGUUACCCUUAACCUGGUGUUUGACCACUGUUCUACUUCUCCCAUAGAAUGCCAAAGGAAGAAACCUUGAGAGGAACCAUGCUUGUGUGUGUCGCCCCAGUCUAAUAGUGUGUAUUGAUGUUCUGCAGGGUUUCCCACAGGACCAGAUGAGGCUGUGGCCCAGUCUGACAGUGUGUAUUGAUGUCUGCAGGGUUUCCCACAGGACCAGAUGAGGCUGUAGCCCAGUCUGACAGUGUGUAUUGAUGUUCUGCAGGGUUUCCCACAGGACCAGAUGAGGCUGUGGCCCAUGCAGGCCCGGAGUAAUGGCACCAAGAGACCUGCCAUGCUGGACUAUGAGGCAGACUGCAACAAGUCGGUGAGUAACAUAACCAUCGGGUUGACCUAGAAACUGUCCUAUAGUCUCAACUUGGUGGACCAUAGAGGGACUGGUGUGUGUGUUUGUAACCCUGUGUGUGUGUGUGUGUGUGUGCUCCCCAGAUGAUAGACUUGAGUGACAAUGAGAACCCCUGGACUAUAUUUCUGGAGACGGUGGAUCCUGAGAUGGCCGCCAGCGGCGCAACGUUACCCAAGUUUGACAAAGACCGUGAGUUUAGACAUUAUUUUACAGAUUAUUACUGAUAUCAAAGACUGUUGUUCUGAUAUUCCUUUAUUCCCAGGUUGUUUAGGACACUGGGGUUAACUUCCUCUGACUGGGGGCUAACACCUCCCUCUGACUGGGGGCUAACACCUCCCUCUGACUGGGGGCUAACACCUCCCUCUGACUGGGGGCUAACACCUCCCUCUGACUGGGGGCUAACACCUCCCUCUGACUGGGGGCUAACACCUCCCUCUGACUGGGGGCUAACACCUCCCUCUGACUGGGGGCUAACACCUCCCUCUGACUGGGGUACAAGCAGCUAGUUAAAGACGUUUUGCUUUUGUAGAUGAAAUCAGAAGUCGUGUGAAAGAAAUGUACAUGUUUUUUUCACGUAACUUUGGUCAAGUAAAAAUAGUCCUUUUUAAUGAUCAUCCUCCAUCUCUCUCUUCUCUUUCAGACGACGUCAUGUUGUUCUUGAAGAUGUAUGAUCCAAAAAGCAGAAGCUUAAAUUAUUGUGGACAUAUCUACACAGCUAUCUCCUGUAAAAUUCGUAAGUACCCUCCUGUGUGUUGGCUGAAUGGUGCAGGGUCCUCCCCUAACAAUAUAUCAGGACCCUCCUGUGUCUGGGCUGAAUGGUGCAGGGUCCUCCCCUAACAAUACGUAAGGACCCUCCUGUGUCUGGGCUGAAUGGUGCAGUGUCCUCCCCUAACAAUAUAUCAGGACCCUCCUGUGUCUGGGCUGAAUGGUGCAGGGUCCUCCCCUAAAAAUAUGUCAGGACCCUCCUGUGUCUGGGCUGAAUGGUGCAGGGUCCUCCCCUAAAAAUAUGUCAGGACCCUCCUGUGUCUGGGCUGAAUGGUGCAGGGUCCUCCUCUAACAAUACGUAAGUGGGGUGCUGUGCCACCUUGUGGACUGGUUGCGCCACUAUGUAACUACUUAAUCUGUUAUCAUUUAAGGCUCUAGAUUGCAGGAAAGGGCAGUUAGGGGGGGUUAAUGUGAUUCCUAAAGGGGUCCCUCCAGGCCUCCCCCUCCUUACUCAGCAGCACCUCCUUCUGGGGAGAACCCUGUGGUGCAUGUGGAGUAGCAUCAGAGUGUUGAAAUGGGGUGUGUGUGUAUGUAAAGCAGUGUUAAAUGUAUGCUGUUUUCUCUACCAGGAGACCUGUUGCCUGUCAUGUGUGAGAGAGCAGGGUUUCAACAGGAGACUAACCUUAUCCUCUAUGAGGUGAGAAACACACACAGGUCUAACACUUAUCCACACACACACACACAGGUCUAACACUUAUCCACACACACACAGGUCUAACAUCCUCUAUCUCCCAUGUGUCUGUGUUCCAGGAAGUGAAGCCUAAUUUAACAGAGCGGAUACAGGACUACGACGUGUCACUGGACAAGGCCCUGGACGAACUCAUGGAUGGAGAUAUCAUAGUCUUCCAGAAGUAAGUUCAUCCAACAUGCCAACCCGUUUGAGCACUAACCCCUUAGACUACUAACCCCUUAGACUACUAACCCCUUAGAGCACUAGCCCCUUAGAGCACUAGCCCCUUAGAGCACUAACACACACAUGAAUCAAAAGGCUUGACAAUGAUGCCAUUUUAUCCGAAGCCACUUAGUCAUGCGUGCAUAAAUGUUUUACAUAAGGGUGGUCCCGGGAAUCUAACAAAAACCUACAGGAGGGUAGAUAGCUCUUCAGGAACAGGGUUGGAGUUAAAACCUACAGGAGGGUAUCUCUCCAGGAACAGGGUUUGAGUUAAAACCUACAGGAGGGUAUCUCUCUAGGAACAGGGUUGGGAGAGCCCUGUUGUAGAAAAUGUAAUGCUCGUCCACACCCAUCAAUUGUGUUUGGAGAAUUCCGUACCGUAUUGACGAGCCUCUCCCAGCUAAUGUCUGUCUGUUUGUGUCUCUCUCCCUCCCUCCCUGCAGAGAUGACCCAGAGAACGACAGCAGUGAGCUGCCUACAGCCAAAGACUACUUCCGAGACCUCUACCACAGAGUGGACGUCAUCUUCUGUGACAAGACCAUCCACAACGACCCCGGCUUCGUCGUCACACUCUCCAACAGGAUGAACUACUUCCAGGUCAGCAAGAGGUCGCACUAUCUUGUAUCUGCGUUAGUUUACCCGUGACUGUUCCUUCAAUAUUUGGGUAUUGUUCAACAGAGCUAGUGUGAGUUAAAGACAUGCUCUGGUACUUUGGCAACUAAGAAAGUAUUUUUUUUACCUCCUGCUUUGGACUGGAUGUGUCAAUGUGUAGUUCAUACAUGCAUAAUCUAUGAGCAGAAUUACUGCCUUACCUCAAUUAGGCACGAAAUCCCUAGUUUGAAAGUGACUGUUUUCUUGAAGCUGUGCCACACCAUAUUCCCUACCACCCCAUGGGCCAGUUCCCUAGUAUUUCGAGUUACAAUGAGCUUCCGCCCCUCGCAUUUGAGUGACAGCUAGCAAGAGGCCAGCCCAGUGUUAUCCAAUGCGGUUGCAGGGCGGGCUCAGUGGACACAGUAGCGAGAGAGAGAGCAAUGACGUGGUGCACGUAGUGACGUAGUUUUCUGGGACCACUUCUGGCUCAUGAGUGCUACUUUCAGAGCUACUGGCUAUAAAGUAUACAACAGUACUGGAUAUUCUCUUUAUUGUGUCUGUCUGUCAGGUGGCGAAGACGGUGGCUCAGAGGUUGAACACAGAUCCCAUGCUCCUUCAGUUCUUCAAAUCCCAGGGGUAGGACUGCAGUCACACACACAUGGACGGACAAACACGGACACACACUCCUGUUUCACCUGUGCCAGACUGAGUCAGUACAGGUAUAAACCUUUGAAGCACCAAGUUGACUUGUUGAGUAACCUGUCCCCCUCUGUCUCUCCUCCUCCUCCCCCUGUCCCCCUCUGUCUCUCCUCCUCCUCCCCCUGUCCCCCUCUGUCUCUCCUCCUCCUCCCCCUGUCCCCCUCUCUCUCCUCCUCCUCCCCCGUCCCCCUCUGUCUCUCCUCCCCCUCCCCCGUCCCCCUCUGUCUCUCCUCCCCCUCCCCCGUCCCCCUCUGUCUCUCCUCCUCCCCCCGUCCCCCUCUGUCUCUCCUCCUCCCCCUGUCCCCCUCUGUCUCUCCUCCCCCUGUCCCCCUCUGUCUCUCCUCCCCCUGUCCCCCUCUGUCUCUCCUCCUCCUCCCCUUGUCCCUCACUCUCCUCCUCCUUCUCCACUCCUCCUCCCUCUCUCCUUCCCCUCCUUCUCUACUCCUCCUCUCUCCUCCCCCUCUCCUGUCCUCUCUGGGCAGGUACAGAGACGGACCUGGGAAUCCUCUCAGACACAACUAUGAAGGAACUCUCCGAGAUCUGCUGCAGUUCUUCAAACCACGUCAGCCCAAGAAACUAUACUACCAACAGGUCUGUGUGUGUGUACCUGUAGGGCGAUAUGAUUGACAGUCAUCAUCGAUGGUGAUGACAUAGUGAUGUGACAGCGGAUGGUUGAGCCUAUUUAAACUUGACUGGGGCGUCACAGUGUAGAACGGCGUCUCUCAGUGCACAGCAGAGCCCCAGUCUCCUUUCCCCCAUUCACUGUUUAAUACAGUUUCGUUCUCACCCUCAACCCGUCCAAAUUACUCUCUCAAAAUCCAUUCACGUUCCUCACUUACUUUUCUCUAUUACCUUACCUCAUCUUGGACAGAAAUGGUCCUCUGGAACAAAUGUAGGACCUCAGAUCUCAGUUAUUUCAAUGUAGCACCCAGCAACUAUCAUACCAAACUGGAUUGGCCCGUUCAGCGCUGACCAUGAUGACCAGUCACACUGAGCCGCUCUGAUACGCUGACAGCUGGAUGGUAGCCUAUUCAAACUGCACUGGGCCGUCUCCACCUGCCUAGUCUAGACGGCUCUCAGCUUCACAGCACAGGCAGUACAUAGUCAUCAUUCCUUUCGGGUCCUCCAUUCCAUAUGCUCUAUCUAAUCAGUUAUCAUCUCCUUAUGUCUAUCUGUAGUGACGACCGGCACCCUGGCUCUAACAUAUGUAGAUGCAUCUCCGCUAAAUGCCAUCAAAUGACAGCUGAUGUGUCCUUAUGUGGAACAACUUCAUGUGAACGCUUUGAUCCUAUUUUAUGAGAAUCUGGUAUCAUGCCUAGUCAAACUGAGCAUGAGCCCAGCUUCACACGCUGACCAGUGAGAGGUAGCCUAGUCCAACUGAGCCUAGCUUAUACGUGCCUAGAUGCCUAGUCAAACUGAUAUGGCCUCUUCACACGCUGACCAGUGAGGGUAGCCUAGUCAAAUAGCCCAGCUCACACUCUACCAUAGAGGUAGCAUAUCAUUAAUCAGGUAGAUGCUAUCUAUGCUCUAAGUAGUAGAUGCCUAGUAUCCUUAGGCUUUCUAAUCUGAUAGUGGUAGAUGCCUAGUCUCCCUUAUGGCUCUAAUCUGAUAGUGGUAGAUGCCUAGUCUCCCUUAUGGCUCUAAUCAGAUAGUGGUAGAUGCCUAGUCUCCCUUAUGGCUCUAAUCUGGUAGUGUUAGUGGGGUGGUAGAUGCCUAGUCUCCCUUAUGGCUCUAAUCUGAUAGUGGUAGAUGCCUAGACUCCCUUAUGCUCUAAUCUGAUAGUGGUAGAUGCCUAGGCUCCCUUAUGCUCUAAUCUGAUAGUGGUAGUGGGGUGGUAGAUACCUAGACUCCCUUAUGGCUCUAAUCUGAUAGUGGUAGAUGCCUAGUCUCCUUUAUGCUCUAAUCUGAUAGUGGUAGUGGGGUGGUAGAUGCCUAGUCUCCUUUAUGGCUCUAAUCUGAUAGUGAUAGUGGUGUGGUAGAUGCCUAGUCUCCCUUAUGCUCUAAUCUAAUAGUGGUAGAUGCCUAGUCUCCCUUAUGGCUCUAAUCUGAUAUAGCGCUAAUCUGGUAGUGGUAGAUGCCUAGUCUCCCUUAUGGCUCUAAUCUGAUAGUGGUAGAUGCCUAGUCUCCCUUAUGCUCUAAUCUGAUAGUGGUAGAUGCCUAGUCUCCCUUAUGCUCUAAUCUGAUAGUGGUAGAUGCCUAGUCUCCCUUAUGGCUCUAAUCUGAUAGUGGUAGAUGCCUAGACUCCCUUAUGCUCUAAUCUGAUAGUGGUAGAUGCCUAGUCUCCCUUAUGGCUCUAAUCUGGUAGUGUUAGUGGGGUGGUAGAUGCCUAGUAUCCCUUAUGGCUCUAAUCUGAUAGUGGUAGAUGCCUAGACUCCCUUAUGGCUCUAAUCUGAUAGUGGAAGAUGCCUAGACUCCCUUAUGCUCUAAUCUGAUAGUGGUAGUGGGGUGGUAGAUGCCUAGUCUCCCUUAUGGCUCUAAUCUGAUAGUGGUAGAUGCUGUGUCUCCCUGAUGGCUCUAAUCUGAUAGUGGUAGUGGGGUGGUAGAUACCUAGACUCCCGUAUGGCUCUAAUCUGAUAGUGGUAGAUGCCUAGUCUCCUUUAUGCUCUAAUCUGAUAGUGGUAGUGGGGUGGUAGAUACCUAGUCUCCUUUAUGGCUCUAAUCUGAUAGUGAUAGUGGUGUGGUAGAUGCCUAGUCUCCCUUAUGCUCUAAUCUAAUAGUGGUAGAUGCCUAGUCUCCCUUAUGGCUCUAAUCUGAGAGUGGUAGAUGCCUAGUCUCCCUUAUAGCGCUAAUCUGAUAGUGGUAGAUGCCUAGUCUCCCUUAUGGCUCUAAUCUGAUAGUGGUAGAUGCCUAGUCUCCCUUAUGGCUCUAAUCUGAUAGUGGUAGAUGCCUAGUCUCCCUUAUGCUCUAAUCUGAUAGUGGUAGAUGCCUAGUCUCCCUUAUGCUCUAAUCUGAUAGUGGUAGAUGCCUAGUCUCCCUCAUGGCUCUAAUCUGAUAGUGGUAGUGGGGUGGUAGAUGCCUAGUCUUCCUCAGCAUUGUGUUAAUGUGGUGUUUUACCUGCUACACAGAGCGUGUUGUUUUGAGAGAGGAACAAAGGGGAGAGUUUUCAGCAGGUACUCAUUAAAUUGUUGCUAGUGGUUGGACUCAAUGAUCCUCUAAUUACACAAAUUGCUUUUGUUUACAAUGUGAACCUAGCUGAUCAAUAUAUCUAGCUAGUAGUAGUAGCUUCUUGACUUCAUAAAUUGUAGUACAAUAGCCAGUGGUGGCUGGUGGAGGCCAUAGCCAGUGGUGGCUGGUGGAGGCCAUAGCCAGUGGUGGCUGGUGGAGGCCAUAGCCAGUGGUGGCUGGUGGAGGCCAUAGCCAGUGGUGGCUGGUGGAGGCCAUAGCCAGUGGAGGCCAUAGCCAGUGGAGGCCAUAGCCAGUGGUGGCCAGUGGAGGCCAUAGCCAGUGGAGGCCAUAGCCAGUGGAGGCCAUAGCCAGUGGUGGCUGGUGGAGGCCAUAGCCAGUGGUGGCUGGUGGAGGCCAUAGCCAGUGGUGGCCAUAGCCAGUGGAGGCCAUAGCCAGUGGUGGCUGGUGGAGGCCAUAGCCAGUGGAGGCCAUAGCCAGUGGUGGCUGGUGGAGGCCAUAGCCAGUGGAGGCCAUAGCCAGUGGUGGCUGGUGGAGGCCAUAGCCAGUGGAGGCCAUAGCCAGUGGUGGCUGGUGGAGGCCAUAUGCAACCAAAAUCAACUUUAUUUCUCACUUCAAUUCACAAGAUGGAAUGAAUGUGUGCGUCAGCCAUCGAGAAUUGAACCUCGCCAAUUCUUGAGCUUGGACACUGGACGUGACGCAACUCGAGCGCAACACGGGCAAUAAAGCAGCUUUCAUUGAUUUCAAAAGAAGCAUUUCCUUGAUGGCUUAUGGCCCGUCCCUCAUCACUGCUCCAUCACAGUGCGCCACACACACACACACACACACACACACACACCUGUUCCAUGCUGAAGCUCCUCCACCAGAAAGGGAUAUUAGAGAAGAUGUGGCUGCACUCAGCCUCUGUCCAGGCUGUUAACAACAUUAUCUUUCCUCAUGAUUCGCCCAGGCUGUCAACAACAUUCUUUCCUUAUGAUUCGCCCAGGCUGUCAACAACAUUCUUUCCUCAUGAUUCGCCCAGGCUGUCAACAACAUUAUCUUUCCUCAUGAUUCGCCCAGGCUGUCAACAACAUUGUCUUUCCUCAUGAUUCGCCCAGGCUGUCAACAACAUUAUCUUUCAUCAUGAUUCGUCCAGUCAUUCAACAUUAUAUUUCGUCAUGAUUCGUCCAGUUGCAUUCGAUUUCGCGCUAUAGCCCAACUGUUGUUUUAGCUUAAUCUUUUACUAUAUUAAAAAUAAAUUGGGUUGUCCAAUAGGGGGCGAUGGCAUAUCACAAUGUUUUCUGGGUACAUAAUCAUGAUAGGACAAAGGUUGACAUCGUGUGUGUGUACCUGUGUCUGUGUGUGUACUGACUGUUAAUGUUGUCUCUCCUCUCAGUUGAAGAUGAAGAUCACAGACUUUGAGAACAGGAGGAGCUUCAAGUCCAUAUGGCUCAACAGCCAAUACAGAGAGGAGGUAACACACACACACUCCCCUCCCUGCUCAACAGCCAAUACAGAGGAGGUAACACACACACACUCCCCUCCCUGCUCAACAGCCAGUACAGAGAGGAGGUAACACACACACACUCCCCUCCCUGCUCAACAGCCAAUACAGAGGAGGUAACACACACACACUCCCCUCCCUGCUCAACAGCCAAUACAGAGAAGAGGUAACACACACACACUCUCCUCCCUAUUUAUAUAGACAGUGAAGCUAAGACUUUUAAGUUGACUGUAUACUCCAGCAUUUUGAAUUUGAGAUCAAAUGUUUUCUGAGGCAACAGAACAUAAUGUCACCUUUUAUUUGAGGGUAUUUUCAUACAUAUCUGUUUUACCGUUAACAAAUUAAAGCUCUUUAUGUAUCUAGUCCCCCCAUUUGAAGGUGUCAAGUAUUUGGUGUAUUAAAAUAGUCAAAAGUGUAGUAUUUGGUCCCAUAUUCCUAGCACGCGAUGACUACAUCAAGCUUGUGACUACCAACUUGUUGGAUGAAUUUGCUGCUUGUUUUCCCAAUAGCAACUGAAGAGUAAAUCAUGUAUUGUGUCAUUUUUAUUGUAAAUAACAAUAUAAUAUGUUUUGAAACUACAUUAAUGUGGAUGCUACCAUGAUUAUGGAUAAUCAUGAAUGAAUCAUGAAUAAUAAUGAUCACUCAUACCCCCAAAAUCAUGGGUAAAGAACAUACCCCCCCAAAAUGCUCCCCUGUUAUUGGUAAUGGUGAGAGGUGGGGGUCGGGGCAUGAUCUUUUCUUUUAUGUUUCACCAAAACAAGCAGCAAAUUCAUCCAACAAGUUGGUAGUCACAAGCUUGAUGUAGUCGUUACGUGCUAGGAAUAUGGGACCAAAUUCUGCACUUUGACUGCUUUAAUACAUCAAAUACUACACUUUGACUGCUUUAAUACACAAGUGAAUUUGACCCAAUACUUAUGACUUCUUUAAAUGGGGAGACAAGAUGUAUAAAGUACAUUCAUUUCAAAAACAGAUGUGUAUGAAAAUACCCUCAAAUAAAAGGUGACAUUCUGUACUGUUACCUCGUAUGAAAAAUUUGAUCUCACACAUGCUUUCUAACCUUUGACCGUGAUGGUGAAUAAAGGAUUUUCAUAACUACCUCUCCCUCCAGGAGAUCACUCUCUACCCAGAUAAACACGGCUGUGUCCGGGACCUGCUGGAGGAAUGUAAAAAAGCUGUGGAGCUCUCCGACAAAGGAUCAGAGAAGCUCCGGUAAGCAGAGAGAGGGUGUGAGUGACAGUGUCACAACAGUGCUGCCCUCUGGUGGUCAGGCCUGUAUUACAUCCAGUGGUUAUUCAAUGCUAUUAUUAUACAAGACUGCUGCUGUUCUCUACUUUUCUCCACCCUGCCUCUAACCUCUCCCCCUUCCUCCCUCCCUCUCUCUCUCCCCCCUCUCUCUCUCUCCCCCCUCUCUCUCUCUCCCCCCUCUUCCUCUCUCUCUCCCCUCCCUCCCUCUCUCUCCCCCCUCCCUCCCUCUCUCCAGGCUGUUGGAGAUAGUAAGCUAUAAGAUCAUUGGGGUUCACCAGGAGGACGAGCUGUUAGAAUGUUUAUCUCCCGCCGCCAGCCGUACCUUCAGAAUAGAGGUACGUUCCUCCUCUCCUCCUAACCUCUUGCUCGCUCACUCUCUCUAGGAACUUCCUCUGGACCAGGUGGACCUGGAUAAAAGACACUGAUGUUGAUUCCUCUCUCUCUCUCUCUCUAGGAACUUCCUCUGGACCAGGUGGACCUGGAUAAAGACACUGAGAUGUUGAUUCCCGUCGCACAUUUCCACAAGGAGGUCUUUGGAACGUUCGGUAUCCCUUUCCUGCUGAAGAUCAGACAGGUGUGUGUUGUCUUACUCCGUUUCAUGUUUGUCUCACUGACUGGAUCUGGUGUGAGUGACUGUUCUGACUGGAUCUGGUGUGAGUGACUGUUCUGACUGGAUCUGGUGUGAGUGACUGUUCUGUCUGACUGACUGGAUCUGGUGUGAGUGACUGUUCUGUCUGACUGACUGACUGGAUCUGGUGUGAGUGACUGUUCUGACUGGAUCUGGUGUGAGUGACUGUUCUGACUGGAUCUGGUGUGAGUGACUGUUCUGACUGACUGGAUCUGGUGUGAGUGACUGUUCUGACUGACUGGAUCUGGUGUGAGUGACUGUUCUGACUGGAUCUGGUGUGUCUGACUGUUCUGACUGGAUCUGGUGUGAGUGACUGUUCUGACUGGAUCUGGUGUGACUGACUGUUCUGACUGGAUCUGGUGUGACUGACUGUUCUGACUGACUUGCUGGAUCUGGUGUGAGUGACUGUUCUGACUGACUGGCUGGAUCUGGUGUGAGUGACUGUUCUGACUGGCUGGAUCUGGUGUGAGUGACUGUUCUGUCUGACUGGCUGGAUCUGGUGUGAGUGACUGUUCUGUCUGACUGACUGGAUCUGGUGUGAGUGACUGUUCUGUCUGUCUGACUGACUGGAUCUGGUGUGAGUGACUGUUCUGUCUGACUGACUGGAUCUGGUGUGAGUGACUGUUAUGUCUGACUGACUGGAUCUGGUGUGAGUGACUGUUCUGUCUGACUGACUGGAUCUGGUGUGAGUGACUGUUAUGUCUGACUGACUGGAUCUGGUGUGAGUGAAUGUUAUGUCUGACUGACUGGAUGUGGUGUGAGUGACUGUUAUGUCUGACUGGCUGGAUCUGGUGUGUUUCGUAUGUGUGUCUGUGUGUUGACUGACAGCCUAAUACUGAAGCAUGUCUGUUAUGCUGUCUUGUGUUGUGGAUUAACUACAAAUGUUGCUGCUGGAGAACUAAGUAUAACUUUUGUGUUAGUGAAGCUUUUAGUGAGAUGUUAAAUGCUUUAAUAUUUACGUUUCAGUCACCCCAAACAUAUUCAUUAUAUAAAUAAGCACAUUUAAUUUAGUAUGGCUUACCAUUACAAGUAAAUGUAAAUAUGUUUUGCUCAUAUAAUUUGAAAGACGCGUCGUCUGGAGUAGGCAGCGCCGUAAGUAAAUACGUAAACUGUGAUAUGAUUGGAGUUAAUCAGUGUGUUUUUAUUUUAUUUAAUUUUUCAUAAAUAGAUCAACUUGAGUCAUCUGCAUACGUUGACACUUUUGUUUUUAGGCAAUGGGUUUCUAAACCCUUGAUGUUAUUGUUCGAUCUGAUCUUAAGAGAGCAUUUCAAUGGCCAUAACAAAUAAAUAUGGAGACAAUGGACAUCCUUGUUUAACUCCUCUGGGCAGUUUAAAAGUAACCAUUAUUUACUAUUUUACAUCUGGUGUUGCUAUACAUGACUUUAACCUAUUGUGCAAGAUAUUCCCCAAGAUUUAUCAAAGGCCUUUUUUGACGUCUGCUAUUAAUUCUAUUCACUAUUCAUUUUGCCAGGAUUUUUGCAUCACAGCAUUGAAGUGUAAGGGGAAUCCAGUUUUAUUUUAAGGAUUGGAACUUUAUACUUACCACCUGGGUCCUGUUUCAGUAAUAGUGAAAUCAGACCUUCUUGCUGAAUACCUGAUAGUCUUACCAUUUUAAUAGGAGUGGUUAAAACAUGCUAAUAAUGGAUAUUUUGAGUAGAUCAAAGGUUUGAUAUACCUCUACUGGUAUGCCAUCAAGCCCAGGGGUUUUUCCGGACUGAAAGGAUUUAAUUGCCUCAAGAAGUUCCUCCUCUGUAAUGUGGCCUUCACAAUUCUUUCUGUACAGUUUUUAAUUUUAAAUUUUUAUUAUUAGGAAAAAUAUUUACAGGAUGCAUAAUUUAGCGGACAUAGAGGAAUCUGAAAAGAAAACAUAUGCCUAAAAUAUUUAGCUUCUUCUUUCAUAAUAUAAUUAGGUGAAUCAUGGAGGAUUCUGUCAUUUGUAACGAGUUUCUGCAAGUUCUUUUUGGUAGCAUUUAUACGUUGAAUGUUCAAGAAAAUGGGUGCAUUUUUCACGAUUUUCCAUCCUGUUCCCUUUAUUUUUGUAAUAAAUUAAACAUGAAUAAGAUUUUAUUCUAGCUUGUUUUGUGCCUCUAUGGGACAGUUUUUAUUGCUAUCUACCUGUGGUGUUGGCUCCUCUAUUUUCGUUUGAUAGUCUAAUCUCUUUUGACCUAAUGAUGGGUAUUGUAUUGAAUGGCCUCUGAAAGAACAUUUUAAACGUGUCCCAUACAAUAAGGGGAUCUGCUGUACCAAUGUCGUGUGGGGAAAAAGUAAGUUCGAAAUUAUUAAGAACAGAUUGUCAUCCAGUUGAUUGCAUUUCAAAUUUCCCCGCCAACGUGGAAAUUCUUUACGUUUUAUGUUGAUACCAAUUAGAUGGUGGUCCGGUCGUGUUCUGUCUCCUAUCAACGCUUUUAAACUUUUGGUGCCAGAAAGAAGAACACAAGAAAGUAGUCAAUACUACUAGCUUGAUUAAGCCUCCAUGUAUAUCUCACUAGGUUAGGAGUGGGUUUCCUGUGUAAACAAUAAAUAUGAUAUUCCUCUUUUAGCCAAGUAACUGAUUCUUUUUUAUAAUCUGCUAAACAUUACAAUUCUAACUAGCUAUACUUAUUUCACCACUUACCAUAAAGACACGUACGUUUCAGUUAUUCUUACCAUAAUACAUGCCAGUAUAAUUGCUACCAAAAAUAAAACACCUUGAUGCCCAAGCUGUUAUCCAUAUUUCCCAGAAUCAAUACCUGACCUCUUUCCCAGUAGCAGUACCAUGAUAUAUGCACUUCUAAACACACUGACUAUGCAACUGACUAAGUAAAACUCCAAUUGUCUUCCAAUAUCCCUCCUGUGAAAACCUCCCCCAUACCAGAAAGGGCUGUAGUCCCUGAGACUAUCAGUAACGCUCCUUUACCGUCCUAAAAACCCAGAUUUGGCAAGGCCCAAAAAAAGAUGGACUGUCCCAUGAAUCCUGUUACAUUGUUGCCCAGCCAAAAACCUAAGCCUAUGGCAUGACCAAGAGAGGUGCUCCUAUUUGUAAAUUAGCCAAAUAACAGACAAAUUAAGAAUAAUUAGUAUAACGUUAAUAAUGACAAGUGAUUGCCGUUACUGCUGUUGGAAAAUAAAUAGGCUAAAUACCAAUGCUGGUAAGGACCAUAACCAUCCUCACCACCUUAAUCACCACUAGGAUCUUACCGACUAUUCGGUGAUAUACACUAAGUAUACAAAACAUUAAGAACAUCUGCUCUAUCCAUGACAUAUUGACCAGGUGAAAGCUAUGAUCCCUUAUUGAUGUCACUUGUUAAAUCGACUUCAAUCCGUGUAGAUGAAGGGGAGGAGACAGGUUAAAGAAGGAUUUUUAAGCCUUGAUACAAUUGAGACAUGGAUUGUGUAUGUGUGCCAUUCAGAGGGUGAAUGGGCAAGACAACAUAUUUAUGUGCCUUUGAACAGGGUAUGGUAGUAGGUGCCAGGUGCACCGGUUUGUGUCAAGAACUGCAACGCUGCUGGGUUUUUCACGUGUGUGUUUGACUAACUCUGUGUUCUCAGGGUGAGCCGUUCAGGGAUGUGAUGAGGAGGAUUCAGAGCAUGCUGGAAAUCCAGGAGAAAGAGUUUGAGAAGGUCAGUACUUUCUUCCCUCAUCUUCCUCAGUCUCUCUCUCUCUCUCCUUCGCUGCCUCUCUCCUUCUCCCCUCCCUCCCUCUCACCUUCUCUCCUUUCCUCCCUCUCUCUUUCUCUCCUUCCCUCCCUCUCUCUUUCUCUCCUUCCUCCCUCUUCAUUGCUCUCUCUCUUUCCAUGGUGUCCACCAGCUAAGGCUGGGAUGCUGCUGGCUCUCACUCCCUCUCCCCACUUUGCACAAGGAGUGAAGGGAGCGUUUUGAAACACGCAAGCAUACUGAUAGUUGAGAAACAUUUUUGGGAAUGUAAUUGCAGGAAAUACCGUUGUUAAAACGACUACUGUUAGUGUUGUUAAAAAAAUUGUAGUUUCAGCUUUAUGUGAGUAUAACAAUUUAUUUCUCAACUGUCAAUAUAAAGGAAAUAACACCGCUUUACUAGCGGAGUAUGUAAUUGCGAUAUCAUAUUUACAGUUAGCAAUACAGCCAAUGUGUUUUGAUUUCCCAGUUCCUCAGGUGGUGAAUGAUGUAGCAUAUAGGCUAGGACAAUAUUCACUAAAAACAUGCAGGCACAUUAACCUCUAAAGAGCCAAAAAUAUCUGAUUAUCCGGGAUCCUAUUUUGACAUGUUGCACAUCAAAAUAUCCAUCAUACAUUCCCAGAACAUGUUAGAUUAAAUAGCUAACUUCUUUAAUGUCUUACUUGGCACUGGUAAGUCAGUCUAGAACCUUCCUGCUUAGCUACCUCGCUGCUAAGUAUAGCCAUUUGAUACCUAAUUCACUGAAUGAGGGAAUUAUUUUAUUAGACUUCUUGGUUGUAGUCUAAUGUUCUAAUGUUCUAGUAUAAGAUCUCCAGGAGAGUUACCGGGUGUGUAGGCUUUUGUUCCAGCCCUACUUUAACACCAGAUUCUACAAAUCAACUGCUCAACAGGACCUUGUUAAGCUGACUCAGAUGUGUUUGGGCAAAUCAACUGCUCAACAGGACCUUGUUAAGCUGACUCAGAUGUGUUUGAGCAAAUCAACUGCUCAACAGGACCUUGUUAAGCUGACUCGGAUGUGUUUGAGCAGUGCUUUAAGGCAUUUUUUUCCCAGUGGUAUCGUUAUGGUAUUAACUAUCAUUAUACUAAGCUGGUAUUGGUAUCGAUUCCAAAAUUCUGAACACUUAAGAGUGUGAUCUAGCUAAUGAUUAGCCCAUUGAGGUAGCCUAAAGAAAUGCAGAUGGGCAACCCCAUGCUUCAGCCAUCUAUAGCCUAUCCACUAUGCUACAAUAUCCAUCAGCCAUCUAUAGCUUAUCCACUAUGCUACUACAUCCAUCAGCCAUCCAUAGCCUAGCCACUAUGCUACAAUAUCCAUCAGCCAUCUAUAGCCUAUCCACUAUGCUACUACAUCCAUCAGCCAUCUAUAGCCUAGCCACUAUGCUACUACAUCCAUAAGCCAUCUAUAGCCUAGCCACUAUGCUACUACAUCCAUAAGCCAUCUAUAGCCUAGCCACUAUGCUACUACAUCCAUAAGCCAUCUAUAGCCUAGCCACUAUGCUACUACAGCUAUCUAUAGCCUGGCCACUAUGCUACUACAGCUAUCUAUAGCCUGGCCACUAUGCUACUACAGCUAUCUAUAGCCUGGCCACUAUGCUACUACAGCCAUCUAUAGCCUAGCCACUAUGCUACUACAUCCAUAAGCCAUCUAUAGCCUAGCCACUAUGCUACUACAGCUAUCUAUAGCCUGGCCACUAUGCUACUACAGCCAUCUAUAGCCUAGCCACUAUGCUACUACAUCCAUAAGCCAUCUAUAGCCUGGCCACUAUGCUACUAUAUCCAUUAGGCUACAGGAGAAGGCUCAUUGCUAUAACGACACACCUGCCUUAUAAUAUGAGCCAUGUAGGCUGUAGCCUUUUGGUGAAAGGGCCAGCACUAAACUACUACUUUUCACCAACAUGAGCUGACUUCUGGAGAGGAAUAUUAGCAGGUGUGUGGCGCAUUUAAAUUGCAUUCCAAGUGGCAUUAAAAAGUCUUAAAUUCAACUUCAUGGAACCUGCAGAUUCUCUCUCUCUCUCGCUCACCUCUCUUUACACCUGGGUCCUGUUCAUUAGAUACUUAACGAACUGAAGCGGGGAGAGACUACCUGGACCGCUUGUUUCAGUUUUCCGUUUUAGUUUUCCCUUUUAAAAUGUUUUGCUACUGUUUGGCAUAAUGAAUACCGCCCCAGUAUUGCUUUGUUCCUCAUAACAAGAGCCGUUAUAACCAGGAGGGUUGAGUAUAAACUGCUUUAUGACCUGUUUGAUGAGCAGUUAUAACCAGGAGGGUUGAGUAUAAACUGCUUUAUGAAUACUCACUGUGUUCUUUGUUUUGUCUGCAGUUCAAGUUUGCGAUAGUGAUGAUGGGCCGGCAUCAGUACAUCACUGAGGAUGAGUACGAGGUCAACCUGAAAGACUUCCAGCCACAGCCAGGUACCCUACUGAGUACUACUAUACCAAAACUGAGACUAGAACAUGAAAAACGGUUCGGUACUACACUUCUGUCAAAUGUCUCGUGUCAUGUACGGAUUGAGAGGAUCCAGUCUGUCUAGUAAUUUGUUUGAAUCUCAAGGGGGCAGUAGCUAGCCAGGCUACUUGUCUUCUCAAGGGGGCAGUAG